GCACCUCUCAAAGAUCUCGCAAACUGUGUUGACAAAAAGCAAUGGGAGAUUGCUUCUUGCCCAGGUCUUUAUAUUCGGACUAUAGCUGCUUCCUCUUUCCUACUCACAUUUUCCCAUAUGGUGACUUUGGAAAAUUCCUCUCUGAUUUCGUUGGAAAGUGCAGGAAACUCGUUGGUAGAGGGUUGCCUAUUACUCUCUCUAAUUCUGCUGCUCACAUCUGGAAAGGAUCUGGCUUGGAAAGGGAAGACUUGCUCUGAGCUCAGUGCAUGUAACUGACAUGGCAUGAGCUGAGGGAGCCUGUGGGGGCAAGAGAAAUGUUCUUCUCCAUUCAUCUGAUCUCUGACAGCAAAGGUGAGUUUCUCAGCACUUUAUUUUUUUUUAAAAGCUGGAUUGUCAGACAUCAUCCAGCAGCCUGCCUUUCAGCUAUAGCUUUCAGAAUAGGUAUCAAAUGGGCGAUGCCGGCCGGCGGCCGGGCGCUGCUGGCGCUGGGGCUCCUGGCUCUGGGCUGCGCCGCCGCCGCCGCCGACUUCCCCGAGGGCUCCCCCGAGCGGCGGCGCCGCCCGCCGGCCCCGGCCCCCGGCUGCCCCCGGGACUGCGGCUGCACCCAGGAGGGCGUCGUGGACUGCGGCGGCAUCGACCUGAAGGAGUUCCCGCUGCUGCUGCCCGAGCUCACCAACCACCUCUCGCUGCAGAAUAACCAGAUAGAAGAAAUCUUUCCAGAAGAGCUUGCUCGUCUUCACAGACUAGAAACUCUCAAUUUGCAAAACAACAGGCUGACUUCAAAAGGGCUGCCAGAGGAAGCAUUUGAGCAUCUGGAGAACCUGAAUUACCUAUACCUGGCAAACAAUAAGCUAACAGUGGCUCCAAAAUUCCUCCCGAAUACCUUGAUCAGUGCAGAUUUUGCAGCCAAUUAUCUCACUAAGAUAUAUGGACUCACAUUUGGACAGAAACCAAACUUGAGAUCUGUGUAUCUUCAUAACAACAAACUUUCAGAUGCUGGGUUACCUGAUAGCAUGUUCAAUGGCUCUGAUAACGUGGAGAUACUCAUAAUGUCCAGCAAUUUCCUGAAAUAUGUUCCAAAGAAUCUCCCUCCAGCCUUAUACAAAUUGCAUUUAAAGAACAACAAGCUAGAGAAGAUUCCCAAAGGAGCCUUCAGUGAACUUACAGGCCUGCGGGAGCUGUAUUUACAGAAUAAUUACUUGACUAAUGAAGGAAUGGACAAUGAAACUUUCUGGAAACUGUCUAGUCUUGAAUAUCUGGAUUUGUCCAGCAAUAAUCUCUCACAAAUCCCAAGUGGUUUACCUCGAAACAUCGUCCUCCUUCACCUGGAAAAGAAUGCAAUUAAGGUGAUUGGCAGAGAUGUCUUGACCCAAAUUAAGAACCUUGAGUACCUUCUGCUCCACAAUAACAAAUUAAAAGCCCGAGGUAUUCACCCACUAGCCUUCCAGGGCUUAAAGAAACUGCACACUGUCCACCUAUACAACAACAUGCUGGAACGGAUUCCCAGUGGUCUGCCCCGACGAGUGAAAACACUUAUGAUCCUUCAUAACCAGAUCUCUGAGAUUAACAGGAAUGACUUCGCUACCACUUACUUCCUUGAAGAGCUGAACCUGAGCUACAAUAAGCUCAAAAGCCCCCAGAUCCAUCGGGAGGCCUUCCGUAAAUUGAGGCAACUAAAGUCCUUGGAUCUUUCUGGAAAUCAUCUCAACACAGUGCCUUUUGGCUUCCCAAAGAACUUGCAGAUUCUGAAACUGAAGGAAAAUGAGAUAAGCAUCAUCCCCAAAGGGACUUUGUCUGGGAUGACAAAACUGCGGGAACUGUAUUUGAGCAACAAUAAACUGAAAGUCAAUUCCAUUUAUUCAAGAGCAUGGAGAGAACUCAGCAGUCUCCAGUCACUAGACAUGGCUGGCAACCAGCUGCUUUCUAUCCCAUCAGGCCUGCCAGAAUCUCUAGAAUAUUUGUACCUUCAGAACAACAAGAUCACAACCAUUUCAGAGAAUGCUUUUGAAUCCACACCCAAAAUAAAGGGAAUUUACCUCAGGUUUAAUAAGAUUGCAGUUGGAGCACUGAAGGAGAGUCUCUUCCAAAGCCUAAAGUACUUACAAGUACUGGAUAUUGAAGGCAACCUUGAAUUCAGCAACACUUCAAAGAAUAAGGAUGACUCAGAAGAGGAAAUGGAAGAUGAGGAAGAGGAAGAAAACUGAGAUAAAAUGUGAACUCACACAAGAACAUCAUGUUGGAGGAAAGCAUAUGGAAAAUUACAUAUAUGUCUAUGUGUAUAUAUCUAUAUAGAUAUAUAGAGAACACUUAGCAAAACGUGCAAUGAAUUACGCAGAAACUGUUAUGGCACUGGGCCAGGCUUAUGGAAGACAGUGUGUUACAGUGCCUUAUUCAGGGAGAGACCCUGAAUGCCUUUCCAAAGCUUCCAAAUCACCUUAUACAAGACCCAGGAUCAUAAGGGAUUGCUCUGGAACUCACAAAAGCUGGCUUUUGUUUCUUCUGUUUUUCUUCCUUCACUGUUUCCAUCUGUAAUAACAAUAUGGGACUGUUUUGAACACAUGCCUUCAAAUGCUGUUUUUGUCACUGCAUUUUAAGUGAACCAUGUAUAUGCUUCUUUUCUUUUCUGCCACCCCAAAGAAGCUGUUGUUGAUCAGGCAAGAUGAAUAUUUGCAGUAGUUUCAUGUGUGGAGCAGUAUAUGAGGCAUUUGGGUCAUCAAGCAGCAGUAAUAUGUCUGGAUUAAACUAUUCCUCUGUUAGAACAAUGUGUAUAUUUGGAUGAGAAAAACAAAUUAAGGCUGGAUCCCAAAAUAUUUUAUCUCUACUGCCAAAGCCUGCAGUAUAUGCCUGUUUUAGAAAGGUUUUAAAAUAAAACAAUUGCUCUUGUGAAUAUAUAUAAAAAAAGCUAUGUCUACCUUCC